CAGGAAACCAGAGGACAGCUCUGUCAGAGGACACCAACCCGAGAAAGGGCUGUUAUUUUGAAAAGCUACGUUUCAAUCAGCUCUUAUUUUGAAAGAAAAAGGGAAGUGGUGUACGCUAUCGUGGUGUUUUAUUGACUUGUUGAGCAGAAGGGAGUGUGACCGGCUGGAAGGAAGGAUCAGGAAGAGAAGAGAGGAUAAAACACGAGAGACACGAGACAGAGAAGAAGAAAAGAAAAAGAAGAAGAAAAGAAAAAAGAAGAAGGAGAAGAAAGGGAGAAGGAGAAGAAAGGGAGAAGGAGAAGAAAAGAAGAAGGAGAAGAGGAAAACUGACUGAGCUGAGUCUGUUUUCUUUCCACUGACUCAAACAGCUGCUGCUGCCAAUCAAACAGGAUCCAGACCCAGCCAGGUGUGUUUAGGCCACGCCCCUUCAGCAGGAUGGAUGGAAGCGGCUGGGCAGGAAAUCCCAGCGCUGCCUCGUCCCACUCGCUUCCUGCCCGCACUGACGAGGAGACGCUGCAACUCGCUGAUGAAGACCGGCAGAGAACAGAGUCAGGCAGUCUGUCCCAGAAACACCUGAGUCCUGCGGGGACCUGGCGGACUGAGGAGGAACCAGUCCAGCUGCGUAUCAAACACACGAACCACCAGGACCCUCCGACAGGAAAACAGAAACCAGAAGAGUCUCCUUCUCCAAGACCUGGUACAUCAGCUCAGACUGAACCAGAUCAACCAGAACGAGAUCCUCUUCCAACAAAGCAACAACAACCAGGAAAUUCUGUGACAGAACAGAAAGCAGACGACUCUCCUGAGACACAUUGGUCAAAUCCAGAAAAAAACCAUCAAACAAAACUAGAUCUUCUUCCCACGAAGCAACAAAAGCUGAUGAACUCUUCUCCCACAGACAAACAGAAAACCAAAGAUUCUCCUUCUCCAAUGGAUCAACCAAAACCUGAACAUGAACAACCAGAUGGCUCACAAGAGCAUCAAAUCCAGGAGGGUGUUACGAACCAGAGAACUGAAAGGGGCCCCGCUCAUCCCACAGAGGAUUUCCCUGACCACGUCUCUGGAUCCAAAGACCAGCAGAAGCACCAACAUCCACCUCCUCCUCCUCCUGUAGACCAGCAGAACCAUCAACAUCCACCUCCUCCUCCUCCUCCUGUGGCCCCGCCACUCAUCAUCGAGGCAUUUUCGGACCAGGUGCAGCCCCGCCCUCCGGUUUCUUCUUCAGGUGAGCCCAAGCUAUGCGGCUUCUUGCAGAAGCAAGGGGGGCCCCUGAGGGCCUGGAAGCAGCGCUGGUUUACCUACGAGGAGAAGAAGAACCAGCUGUUCUACUACCGCACACCGCAGGAUGUGAUGCCGCUCGGCCGGGUGGAGCUCAGCGGGGCCACCUUCACCUACCCGCUGAAGGCCGAGAGGGGCACGUUCCACAUCAAGACACCUGAACGCACUUUCAUACUCAGGGCUGUGACCCAGGAGCUGAUGCUGUACUGGCUGCAGCAGCUGCAGGGGAAACGCUGGCAGCACAGACAGACGUCCACCUGUCCAGGUCCAACAAACAACAUGUCAGACGACUUCCUGCCGCUGCUGAAGAGCCCCGUGGGUCUGGUGGGGGAGGAGGCGGCCAACACGCCGUCACAACGAACGCCGCUCGCCGACGUGUCCAUCAAACACCCGCUCAUCGAGCUCCAAAACUCGGUCCACAGUCUUCGUAAGAGAUCGUCUCAGGAGUGGAGUCAGAGUGUGUUUCACGUGGAGGCUCCACCAUGGAUCCCCCCAAACCCUGCAGACGCCAGCACUGCACUCCCUCCAGCCCCCAGGGGUCCUGUUGAGCCUCCAACCCCGCCCACUCCCCUUCCAUUGGCUGAUUCAGGAGGUCAGGUGUUCCCGGUGGGAGGCAGGGAGUCCCCUUCCCAGUUUGAAAGUUGGAGCAGGAAGACAAAGAAUCGCAGCUCAUCCACGAUGCCAGUCGUCCGCAGAGACACUCAGUCCUCAGACCGGACGUCCCACCUCCAGCAGGAGAAACAGAUGCUGAUGGAGGAGGUCAAAGCUCAGAAGGAGCUGGUGUGGAUCCUCCACAAAGCUUUAGAGGCGGCUCAGCUGGAGAAACGAACCUGUGCAGAGUUUUUGGCGGAAAAGGGCGAACAGGAGCGUCUGGAGCUGCUGAGACACCGCGAGCGGCAGACGGUGGACCUGAGAGGACAGCUGGACGAGGCGAGGACAGAGCUGGAGGUACUGAAGAGGAGUCUGGCUCAGAGAGACGCACAGCUGGCCGAGCUGCAGGAGAACAUCAGGACGCUGAUGGAGAAGAACCACGCUAAGCAGGAGGUGAUCAUGAAGCUGUCUGAUCAGGUGACCUCCUGCCUGUCCGACCCGCGGACCCCCGGCUCGUCCUCCAGAGGCGGUCUGGACUCUCAGACCUUCAGACAGUGUCAGCAGGAGAUCGAGAACCUAAAGGACGACAUCGAGGCAUAUAAGACCCAGAACAAGUUCCUGAACUCGGAGAUCUACCAGCUGACCAAACUGUGGAGGAACAGCUCGGAGCAGGAGAAGAGUCUGAUGGUGAAGUGUGCCUACCUGGAGGCCUGUAACUGUCAGGUGGAGAGCCGUUACCUGGGUGUGCUGCGGAAGCUGCAGGAGAAAAAAUCUCUGGAUCCGGUCCAGCGUGAGGCCGUCCAGAAGAUGAUCGAGGACGCUCUGAAAGGAGAGUUGAAGAGUGUCGUCAAGCUGAACACAGCCAGGGAUCACGAUGAGUACGGCUUUAAAAUCGUCCCGGAUUACGAGGUGGAGGACAUGAAGCUUCUGGCAAAGAUCCAGGCUCUGGAGAUCCGCUCCCACAACCUCCUGCACCAGGAGGUGGUAGAGCGCCCCCUGCUGAGUCGCUGGGCUCAGUAUCUCGCCGGCAGGUCGGAUGACGACCUGUGUCCCUCACCAGAGCUCAAAGGUCUGCUGCGUGGUGGCGUCCCUCAGGAGUACCGGCAGAGACUUUGGCGCUGGAUGGUCCGGGCCAGAACCAGGACCAUCAGAGACCACCAUCCACUGCACUACCAACAGCUGUGCGAGAAGAGUCAGAUGUGUCCUCAUCCGGCCUCCAGACAGAUCCAGCUGGACCUUCACCGCACCCUGACGACCAAUCAGCACUUCUCCUCACCCUCCAGCCCCGCCCUCCAGCAGCUCCACCGCAUCCUACUGGCUUUCUCAUGGCACAACCCUGUCAUUGGCUACUGCCAGGGACUCAACAGGUUGGCGGCCAUCGCUCUGCUGGUCCUCCAGAGUGAAGAAGACGCCUUCUGGUGUCUGGUGGCCGUGGUGGAAGUCAUCAUGCCCCAGGACUACUACACCAAGAACCUGGUGGCCUCUCAGGCGGACCAGCGCGUCCUGAAGGACUUCCUGGCAGAGAAGCUUCCCCGGUUGGCGUCUCACUUUGAGGACCACAGCAUAGACGUGUCUCUGAUCACCUUCAACUGGUUCCUGGUGGUCUACGUGGAGAGUCUUCCCAGCGACAUCCUGCUGCCGCUGUGGGACGUCUUCCUGUACGAGGGCACCAAGGUGAUCUUCAGGUACGCUCUGGCUCUCUUCAAAUACAAAGAGGACGACAUCCUGAAGAUCCACGACAGCGUGGAGAUCUACCAGUACCUGCGCUUCUUCACCAAGACCAUCUCUGACGGCAGGAGGCUGUCCAGCAUUGCCUUCAGCGACAUGAACCCGUUCCCCCGCCGCCUGCUGAGGAAUCGGCGAGCGCAUCACCUGGAGCGCCUGCAGGGGGAGCUGCGAGAGCUGGAGGAGCAGCAGAGGCAGUUUGUGACGGAGAGCGCCGAACAUAAAGACAAAGAGCUGGACGCCAUGGUCAGCGAGGAUGACGACGAACUCUGAGCUCACGGCGGUGUUUACGCUCUGCUGACAGGUGGUCAGCGCUCACACCUGAGCUCAGGUGCCCUGAACCCGUCGUCAGCCGCCACCUGACGCAGCAGCUCAGCCUGAGUUUAACUGUAAACCUGCCAACACUAACUUAGCCUGACUGCACGCUGCUCAUUCACCUUCCAUCACUGUGCACUUUAAACCAGACACAUGAACAUUUCACUGAGUCUCAGCUUCGAUCAGGCUCCAUCGGGUUCCAUCAGGAUCCAUCAGGUUCCAUCAGGUUCCAUCAGGAUGCAUCAGGUUCCAUCAGGUUCAAUCAGGAUCCAGCAGGUUCCAUCAGGUGCCAUCAGGAUCGAUCAGGUUCCAUCAGGUGCCAUCAGGAUCGAUCAGGUUCCAUCAGGUGCCAUCAGGAUCGAUCAGGUUCCAUCAGGAUGCAUCAGGUUCCAUCAGGUUCCAUCAGGAUCCAUCAGGUUCCAUCAGGUUCCAUCAGGAUCCAUCAGGUUCCAUCAGGUGCCAUCAGGAUCGAUCAGGUUCCAUCAGGAUGCAUCAGGUUCCAUCAGGUUCAAUCAGGAUCCAGCAGGUUCCAUCAGGUUCCAUCAGGAUCCAUCAGGUUCCAUCAGGUGCCAUCAGGAUCGAUCAGGUUCCAUCAGGUGCCAUCAGGAUCGAUCAGGUUCCAUCAGGAUGCAUCAGGUUCCAUCAGGUUCCAUCAGGAUCCAUCAGGUUCCAUCAGGUUCCAUCAGGAUCCAUCAGGUGCCAUCAGGAUCGAUCAGGUUCCAUCAGGAUGCAUCAGGUUCCAUCAGGUUCAAUCAGGAUCCAGCAGGUUCCAUCAGGUUCCAUCAGGAUCCAUCAGGUUCCAUCAGGUGCCAUCAGGAUCGAUCAGGUUCCAUCAGGUUCCAUCAGGAUCGAUCAGGUUCCAUCAGCUUCUCUAACCCUGUGUGAGCUCUGCGUCCACCUGCUGUUUCCAAAGGUUCCAAAACUUUGACUUUCAUCAUCACAGCAUCGAACCCGCGCUGCUCAAAGCCACUAACAGUUUUACUCGCAGCUGACGCUGGUGAUUGAUUUUAAUUCCUCUGAGGAUGUGGACACAUCGGAGACAUCAGCUGCCUCGUCUCAGCGUUCGGUCCCUCAGAGCACAUGUUUUCCUGUGUGAAGGUAAAGAUCCCACCUCACUGAUCACACGGUAAAUCUGUGAACGCCGCAGCGUUAAAGUAACGAACACACAGAAGCAUCAAUAAUUAGAAUCCAACAACAUGAAGCACAUUUUCCAACAAGAGUUAAAAAUCUGAUUAAUGAGUAAAACUUUGAAUUCCUGACUUUUACCUGAGAGAAAAACUUUCUCCUCUGUGGUGUCAGCGUUUUACUUCAGGUUAUUGUGUGAGUGUUUCUCACACUGCUGCUUCAGUCUCACUCUGUGGUGUCACCUGUCCUCAGCAGCUUCCACACGGCAGUUCAACCUGAACUCACACACUCUAAACAUCACAUGACGACCAACACGUCUGUCGUCCAACCCCUAAAACACUGAACUGCAGUUUGAAUGUUACACUCACUCUCACAUCUGUACACAUCUGUGUGUCAUGAAGCAGCUCUGUAGCCGCUGUGCUUUGUGCUGUUUUUGUUGUCUCUCUCUGUGUGCAUGUGUCAGUGUGUGUGUGUGUCUUAGGUGUGUGUGUGUUUUCAGGUAGUGGAUUCCUGGGUGGCUCCUCCCCACUCCCUCCUCCUGCUCAGGCUGAUUGCACUCACCUGUGCACUCACCUGUGUGCAAUCAGUCAUCUUACUGAGUAUAAGAGGCUCAGUGUCCGCCGUCUCCCGUGGGGACGAGGUCUCUGUCUGUUGUUGUGACCUUCUGUGGGUUUAGUCGUGUGUGUGCUGUGGCUGAAUGUGUAACUGGAACACUGUAGCACAGGGAAAGAUUCCAGCCUGAAACAGUCAGCAGUUAGUUUGCUUUCUCUCUCACACUGAUGGAGGGAAGGAGCCGCAUGUUGCUGCAGAAGGUUCUGAUCAACAUGUCCUCUGCCAUGUAGCUGUGUGAGAUGCCUGCCCCCCGAACCACGUCCCUCCUCCACUUUUCACUGACUUUACACACUUUGGUUGAGUCUUUCCCCAAAUAAAUGAAACUUGCUUUUAUCACUGAAGUGAACUUUGGAGCAGCUGUCCUCUGUCCACACAACAUGUUGCUCAGCAGAGGUUAGUCUAGCCCAGAGGUGUCCAAACUGUCCCACAGAGGGACGUGUGGCUGCAGGUUUUUGUUCUAACCGAGCAGCAGCACACCUGACUUCACUUGUGUAAUCAGCUGACCUCAGUGUUCAGACAGCUGAUUGGUCGAACUGUGCUCUUCGUUGGUUGGAACAAAAUCCUGCAGCCACAUGCCCCUCUGUGGGACAGUGUGGACACCUCUGGUCUAGCCUUUUGGUUCUUUCUUUUUGGUUUUUCAGCCUUUUAGGGCUAAAAUUUAAUUUGACCUACUCAGUUAAAAAAGCUUUGUUAGCACAUUGUGUUAGGUCAGGGUUAGUAACCAGCAGGGUUACUUCACUCUCUGAACAGUGGAUACGCCUCCAUUUCUAAAGGUUCAUGAGCUGUAAUUAAUGUUUUUAUGGUGAAUAAAUCAUUUAUUUUGA